UCGGUCGGAAAUGGCCGAAGACGUGCGAGACCCAGCGGUUUAAGGAGAGAAGACCGGCCGGCUUCUCGGAAUAAACCAACUGUGUCCGGCCCGUGGGGGGGGGGAGCAGGGGAGGGCGGACGGAGCGGGAAGACGAGGCAGCGGCUAUGGCUCCCCCCCCAGCCACUCGCGGCUCCGCCGGGAGGGCGAAGUGAGGGCGCCGAGAGGCUCCAGACAGAUGAGUAGAGAGCUGGCUGCAGAAGAGGGACAGAUUCCAGUUUGCCAGCUGCUCACCGUGUCCAGAGUGCCUGCAGGCCUGAGUGCAGCUGUGUGAGCCUAAAGACGCUCUGGAUGAAUUUCAGACGAGACUGCCAGAAACCUCUCCCAGGGAAAUCUGUAACCGCUGGAGAUGUCAGGAGCUGCACGAGGGGCUGGAAUACAGGAGGGAAACCCUUGAGAUCAGCACUGGCAGAAAGAAGAGAGGUGGAGGAGGAGUCGAUGUGGGACAGGUCUGAGCCAAGGAGCUGAGGCACAACAGGAAUGGCAGAGCUUCACCCUCCCAGCAGCGAUGAGAGAGACUGACAGUGCUACAAGUCCCUUCUGGCUCCGUCUGCACGACGGCUGCUGCCUCUGCAUAUUCAUCGGAUGGUAAUGCAGGAUGUCGGCAGCAGCGGUAGAGUUUGGCUCGGUCCCACUGCGUUUUAUUUCUGCCAGUUGUGACUCUGAAUCACCAUGACAACGCUGUGACACUUCCAGCAAAGGUUGCCCACGGACCAAGGGUGGGCUGGGGGUGGGCGAGAAGGUCAAUGAUCGAGUCUAACAGGGUCAGGAGUUGCACCUGCUGCAAAACGACCGUGGAAGAGCCGCCGGCACGGCAAGAAGAUGAAAUUCCCCUUCCAUUGGCUUCUUGUUGAGCAGGCACAAUAACAUUUCCCUUCAAGAGACUCGCUGUAAAAACUCUUUCGGUUAUGGCUACUGAUCCAACGUGAUUGCGCGCGCUGCGACUUUGGAACUCAUGACUGGCUAUACGAUGUUGCGCAAUGGGGGAGUGGGGAACGGAGGCCAGCCGUGGGUGUUGAGGUGGUCCAGUCGGAUCCGGCUCACCUGGCUUAGCUUCACCCUCUUCGUCAUCCUCGUUUUCUUCCCCCUCAUCGCCCACUACUACCUGACCACCAUCGACGACGCGGAUGAUGCUGGCAAGCGCAUCUUCGGCCCCCGCACCGGCAACGAGCUGUGCGAGGUGAAGCACGUGCAGGACCUGUGCCGCAUCCGCGAGUCGGUCAGCGAGGAGCUGCUCCAGCUCGAGGCCAAGCGGCAGGAGCUCAACAGCGAGAUCGCCAAGCUCAACCUGAAGAUCGAGGCCUGCAAGAAGAGCAUUGAAAAUGCCAAGCAGGACCUGCUGCAGCUGAAGAACGUCAUCAGUCAGACUGAGCAUUCCUACAAAGAGCUGAUGGCUCAGAACCAGCCCAAGCUCUCCUUGCCCAUCCGGCUGCUGCCAGACAAGGACGACGCCACCUUCCCCCUGCCAAAAUCCAACAGGAACUGCAGGCUGCACAACUGCUUUGACUACUCACGCUGCCCGCUGACAUCUGGCUUUCCAGUCUAUGUCUACAACAGUGACGAUUACCCUUUUGGUAGUUCCUUAGACCCUUUAAUUAAACAGGCCUUUGAGGCGACUGUCAGAACUAAUGUUUAUGUUACUGAAAAUGCAAAUAUUGCUUGUGUGUAUAUAAUUUUAGUGGGGGAAAUGCAAGAGCCUGUAAUGCCAAAACCUACUGAACUAGAGCAACAGUUGCACUCUUUGCCAUAUUGGAGGACUGAUGGACACAACCAUCUCAUCAUCAAUCUAUCGAGGAAGUCGGAAACUCAGAACUUCAUUUACAACAUCAGCACGGGGCGCGCCAUGAUUGCCCAGUCCACCUUUUACGACGCCCAGUAUCGACCGGGCUUUGACAUCGUGGUGUCACCUCUGGUCCACGCCAUGUCCGAGCCCAACUUCCUGGAGAUCCCGCCCCAGGUGCCGGUCAAGCGUAAGUACCUGUUCAGUUUCCAGGGGGAGAAGAUCGAGUCCCUCCGCUCCAGCUUGCAGGAGGUUCGCUCUUUCGAAGAGGAGAUCGAAGGCAAUGCCCCGGCCGACUACGACGACCGGAUCAUCACCACCUUGAAGGCUGUUCAGGACAGCAAGCUGGACUUUGUUCUGGUGGAGUUCACGUGUAAGAACCAGCCUAAGGCGAGUCUGCCCACUGAGUGGGCUCUGUGUGGAGAAAGGGAAGACAGACUAGAGCUACUGAAGCUUUCUACUUUUGCACUGAUCAUCACCCCUGGGGACACCCAUUUAGUGAUCUCCGCCGGGUGUACCAUGAGACUGUUUGAGGCUCUGGAAGUCGGGGCCAUCCCGGUGGUUCUCGGGGAGCAAGUUCAGCUACCCUACAACGAUGUGAUCCAGUGGAACGAGGCAGCCUUAAUCAUACCAAAGCCACGUAUCACAGAAGUGCACUUUCUUCUGAGAAGCAUUUCUGACAACGAUCUCCUUGCCAUGAGGAGGCAGGGCCGCUUCUUGUGGGAGACCUACUUCUCCACCUCCGACAACGUCUUCAGCACAGUCUUAGCCAUCAUAAGGACUCGAAUCCAAAUCCCAGCUGCUCCUAUCCGAGAAGAACCCGCCGUGGAGAUCCCCCACCGGUCUGGCAAAGCUGCUGGUACAGACCCCAAUAUGGCCGACAAUGGUGACCUGGACUUGGGGCCUGUGGAAACAGAGCCGCCCUACGCCUCUCCCAAAUAUCUCCGCAAUUUCACCCUCACCGCGAUGGAUAUCUACAGGAAUUGGAAUUCUGCCCCGGGGCCUUUCCACCUCUUCCCUUACACUCCCUUUGACCCUGUUUUACCCUCAGAAGCAAAAUUUUUGGGGUCUGGGACUGGAUUUCGACCAAUUGGUGGAGGAGCAGGUGGCUCUGGGAAGGAGUUCCAGGCUGCUUUGGGUGGCAACGUCCCGCGGGAGCAGUUCACGGUGGUGAUGUUGACUUACGAGCGGGAGGAAGUGUUGAUGAACUCCCUAGAAAGGCUCAAUGGUCUCCCCUACUUAAACAAAGUUGUGGUGGUGUGGAACUCUCCCAAGCUUCCCUCUGAGGAUCUCCUGUGGCCGGACAUUGGCGUCCCAAUCAUGGUGGUGCGCACGGAGAAGAACAGCCUGAACAACCGGUUCCUGCCCUGGGACGAGAUCGAGACCGAGGCCAUCCUGUCCAUCGACGACGACGCCCACCUGCGCCACGACGAGAUCAUGUUCGGCUUCAGGGUGUGGAGAGAGGCCAGGGAUCGCAUCGUGGGCUUCCCGGGCCGCUACCACGCCUGGGACAUCCCCCACCAGUCCUGGCUCUACAACUCCAACUACUCCUGCGAGCUCUCCAUGGUGCUCACUGGUGCUGCCUUCUUCCACAAGUACUAUGCCUACCUGUACUCCUACGUGAUGCCCCAGGCCAUCAGGGACAUGGUGGACGAGUACAUCAACUGCGAGGACAUCGCCAUGAACUUCCUGGUGUCCCACCUGACCAGGAAACCUCCCAUCAAGGUGACCUCCCGCUGGACCUUCCGCUGCCCCGGCUGCCCCCAGGCUCUUUCCCACGACGAUUCCCAUUUCCACGAGCGGCACAAGUGCAUCAACUUCUUCGUGAAGGUGUACGGGUACAUGCCCCUGCUCUACACCCAGUUCCGCGUUGACUCGGUCCUCUUCAAGACCCGCCUGCCCCACGACAAGACCAAAUGCUUCAAGUUCAUCUAGGUUGGGAGAGCUGGACACUGCCAGCUCCCAGCUGAGGCAGGAGAAGCCAGCACGGGGCUGCUUUGGUGGGCUGUGAGUACAGAAGGCUGUGGAAAAUGGGCCAGCCUGGAUUGGGAUGGGCUCUACCCUCUUCCCAUAGUGGCUCACCUGGACAGGGAAUGGGACCCCGUGGCUCCUGUGAGGACACACCCACGGGAAUGGGACCCCAUGGCUCCUGUGAGGACACACCCACGGAUCAUACACUGAGGAAUGGCUCGCUGGCCACUGGCUCUGCCCCUUCGCUAGCCAAGGGCAGCCGUUCUUUUUAAUUAUAAUUAUUGUUAUUUAAAAUGAAAGUGUUUUAGAUUUGCCACGUGAGGCGCUUUUUUUCUUUUCUUUUCUUUUCUUUUCUUUUCUUUUCUU